AUGACGUUCUCCCAACUGGUCGCCAGGCUUGGUAGGCGUCAAGCUGCUCUUGAACUAAAAUGGAUGAAAGCAGCAAGUCAAAAGCAGCCGUUAGAGGAGAUGCUUGCGCGUCGAGUGGUCGGGGAACCUCUCCAAUAUAUUCUUGAAACACAACCGUUUGGGUCAUUGAUCCUGAAAACGAAGCCACCCACCCUUAUCCCACGCCCUGAAACUGAACAUUGGACAAUACGACUAGCCGAGCUUUUACAAAAAACAAACUCGGCAAAAAAAGUUUUGGAUCUGGGCACUGGGUCAGGUUGCAUCCCUUUAUUACUGUGCGCCUUGCUUCCCGCUGGUACCAUCACGGCCUUCGGUAUUGACCACUCUCCGACGGCCGUUCAACUUGCACAAGAGAAUGCCGCUGUCACUGAAUCCGAAAGACGCGGCAAUACCUUCCAAGCUAUUCAGGCGUCCUUCCUCGAUCCUCUUUUCCCUCAGCCACAUCUUGGCCUUGCCCCACCGUUUGAUGUAGUCACAUCCAAUCCACCCUAUAUCUCGUGGCAAGAAUAUCUCAGUCUCCCUAACUCCGUCCGCGACUACGAAGACCCGACAGCUUUGUUUGGCGGACCGGAAGGGCUCGAUUUCUAUCAUGCUAUUGCGCGACUGAUAUCGACCGAUGGCUUUCUCAGUCCGAGUGCUGUAGUGGCGGUUGAGGUUGGCCACGACCAGGCUGAGCAAGUGCAAACUAUCUUCCGCACUGUUUCUCACCUCAACUCUACGAUUUGGACCGACCCAUGGAACAAGAAUAGGACAGUUGUCCUGGAGCAUUGA